CCGGCCUUCUGUACAUGCGCAAGAAGAAACGGCGGAACUUACUAGAUGCCGGUUUGAAAAGCGUUGACCGCCAUUAAGUAAAAAAAUAGGCGCGUGGAGCGGGCUGUCUUAAAUUUGUUUAAAGUCGAAACGGUGUAAAGAAAUGGCUUCUGAAGAUAUUUCUCAGCUUGCGGAGACUCUUGCAAAGACUCAAGUGGGUGGAGUAGAGCUGAGUUUCAAAGGUCGUGCUCUAAAGCUUGACACCGCUGAAGCUGCUGCUGAGAUUAUUGAAGAGAUUGAGAAAUUUGAUCGUCUACAAGCCUUAUGCUUGGAAGGAAAUACAAUUGGUGUGGAAGCUGCUGAGGCCAUUGCAAAAAGUCUUGUUAAUAAAAAGGAAUUGCAGAAAUGCUACUGGAGUGAUAUGUUCACAGGACGACUUAGGUCUGAGAUUCCACUUGCUCUGAAAUCCCUUGGUAAAGCACUGAUGAAUGCAGGAGCCCAGCUGACACAGCUCGAUCUAAGUGACAAUGCAUUUGGACCUGAUGGAGUCAAGAGCAUUGAAACCUUGCUGAAGAGCAAUGUGUGUUACACUUUACAGGAGCUACGACUGAAUAACUGUGGCAUGGGAAUCGGUGGUGGCCAGAUACUUGCAGCAGCACUGAAUGAAUGUCACAGACGGUCAAGUGAAUUGGGAAAGCCUAUGGCACUGAAAGUUUUCAUUGCAGGGCGAAAUCGUUUAGAGAAUGAAGGUGCAAUUGCAUUGGCUGGUGCUUUCAAGUCCAUAGGAACCCUGGAGGAGGUACACAUGACACAGAAUGGAAUAAACCAUCAAGGCAUUAGAGCUUUAGCGGAGGCCUUCACUAAAAACCAGAACCUGAGGGUUAUAAACCUUAAUGAUAACACCUUCACAGAGAAAGGAGCUAUUGCCAUGGCAGAGGCUUUGAAGACUCUCCAAAACAUUGAAGUACUAAAUUUUGGAGAUUGUCUGGUACGAUCAAAGGGAGCAGUAGCCAUUGCUGAAGCUGUAAAAAUUGGCUUAACGCAACUCAAGGAAUUGAACCUUUCAUUUGGUGAGAUCGGGAAGAAUGCUGCAAUCACAGUGGCCGAGGUCAUGGAACAUAAAUCCCUACUGGAAAAACUCGAUCUAAAUGGAAACUGGCUUGGAGAGGAAGGCUGUGAACAGUUGAAGGAACUUAUGGACAGCUUUAAGAAACAAGAUUUGCUGAGCUCUCUCAGUGACGAUGAAGGUGACGGGGAAGACGACGAGGAGGAGGAAGGUUCAAGAAAUAUUGAUGAAGAGGAGGAAGAUCUAAGAAAUAUUGAUGAAGAGGAGGAAGAUCUAAGAAAUAUUGAUGAAGAGGAGGAAGAUCUAAGAAAUAGUGAUGAAGAGGAGGAAGGACUAAGAAAUGAUGAAGAGGAGAAAGAUAAUGAAGAAGAAGAGAAGGUGCAAGUGAAAGAAUCACCAGAUACAAACCAAGUGAUCGAACCAUCUGUGAGAAAAUUUGCAGAAUCAGAAGCCGCAGUCUUCUUGAACUCUCCAUCCCCAGACAAAUUCCUUAAUAUGGGGUCAAAGCGUUCACAUUUGAUAUUGCAACAGACCGAUCUAUCAAGUGCUGAAAAAGUUGUCCAAACGUUUUUGAAGGUAGCUGAAGUUUACAAGGAGGACAGGGAAGUUAAAACAGCUGUACUGGACACUGCCGAUGAACUGUUGCAGAAAGCAUUCAAGACUCCUGGAUUUCAGUUAGAUGCUUUCAUUACUACCCUCUUGGUGUAUAUGGGGCUUCUGAAGAGUGAGGAAAAGAUUAAAGCAACCACUAAUCUAAUUGGCCCUCUGUCCAUCCUCAAACAAGUCAUUCAGAAGGACUACUUUCCACGGUCCUUUAUCCCUAUUCUGAGAGCAUUCCUUCUUAAGAAAAAUCGUGCUUUUGACAACUGUCGAAGUGCCCAAAACGGAUUGUUGGAGGCCAUAAACAAUCUUUAGUAUCAGACUGUGUGGAACUCAGUGCACCAAUUUAAGGACAUGGACUUUUGAGCAUAUCCAUAUUCCAGAAGAACAGCCCAGCAGCUGCAGAAUGCCUUCCAGCUGCUCAGUGCAAAAUGCUUCAUCUUCUUCAUGCUACAGACUGGAUCCUUGCUUCUGACUGGAUGGGAAAUUGAAAUCAAAGUUGUCAAGGGUUCUUGGUAACCAGCUGCAGACUGUGGCCAGUGCUUUUUUGUCAGCUGCAAAGGAAAGCAAAGUUGGAAUUAAACGUGGUGGCUCAUCUUGUCUCCUUCUGCUGUUUGUGGUGGUAGGAGAUGAUGCGAAGAAAAUAGCCAAUUUGCCAUGGCUUUCAACAAGAAUUGUUUAGUGUAACCUAAAUUGUGCCCCUUUAUCUGACUCUUGGUGCUUUCUUUAAAAAAAAAUCCACUAUGUAUAUUAAAUCACAGGCAGGGGAAUCCAUUUAUCUGGCAAGAAAGAUGCACACUUUAUCAGUGAAGGCUCAAUUUUACUUAAAAAAAUAGUUGAGAGUCAUAUACUAAAGUAGGCAGUUUUUAAGUGGACUUGUAAAAAUUCUUCCAGAGUUAUAUAACUGCAUUUUACAGAACAAAGCAAGUUUCUUGUAUCCCAAUCAAGUGAAUGUGGGUAGAGGCUGUUUGCUGAAGGUUGCUUCCCCAGUCCUUCCUGUAUCACCACCAUCCCUUCAUUCCAAUAUGAAGUGUGCUGUGGAGAAUUUAAGGAAUGCGUUUACACCUUUUUUCACUUUUUCUUUAUCCAUCACUUCCUGCAUCUUCCCACCACCAACCCCCACCACUCCUCGAAUAGGAUAUCAAAGCCCUCUGAUUAGUUUAUAAAGUUUCUACUUGCAUACUGGUGGACAGAUCAGAGGUUCUCUCUCGUUUGUGCUAUAUUAAAUAAUGAUGUGGAGAGACUGAGUAGAAACUAGCUUGGGUUUGGAUCUUGACUUUUUUUAUAUCUUCUUUUCGUUCCCACUGGAAUAUGUGCUUGAGAGACUGAAAAUAGAAUUGUGAUUGUCUUUAAUGGUGUCUGUUUUAAAUAGCUUAUCUGAGCUUGUCAUCUCAUCUUGUGAGAAUGAAGAACUGGAUUGAUUCUGUUGUCUCCUCUGGAACUGUUAAAUUAAGAAUUACCUGCUGGAGCAGUGGGAAGAAGAAACCAUUAGAAUGAGAGUUACAACACAAAACUACUAGUCCAAUAUAUUCCCAAUGCAUCUUUUGGAAAGAGGUACUUUGGUCUUCAAAAUGAAGGUGACUGUGAACUGAGCAGGCUGCUGCCUAACAACCACCAACUUUGAGGAAAAGCAGAUUCAUGUUGUGUGAAUCCUACCUGAAAAUUUUGAGUGAAUAUAAAGAUAUUGCUCCAUUCUGUCUUUUUGGAUUGUCCAGAUACUAAAAUCCCUGAUCAGUCUGUUUUGUUUGAGUAUUCACCCAGAUUGUUAAAUAUUGAGAUGUUAUCUGGUGUUUUCUGUGUCACUAGACUGAACAGUCAUGUUUUAUCUCUUUGUAUAUAGGUUUUGGCAGUGCAAAGUUUAAGUGACAUAUGGAAAAAUCUAAUCUCAAUUCAGAAUUGUAGUAGUAUCUUUUAUACUGAAUUGGGAACACUAGGACAGUAACACUUAGCACUCGCUCAGAACUUUCAAUGUUUAAAUAAUUUAGCAUCCAAACAGUAAUGUGGAGAUAGGUGUAUGACAGUGCUCAUCAUGCUGUUAAUCUCUUUAUGGUACAGGCUGCACUUCGCCUGUAUGUAAAGAGCAUUGUAUGCUGGUAUUUAAAAGAUCAGAAUGUAAACUGCAGUAGACUUGUCUCUUGCAGGCCUUAUGGAUCUUUGAUAUUUUAGAAUGCAGGAACUCUCAGGUCUUAAUAAGUCAAU